UUAAUAAUCAACUAAUAUUUUAUAUAUUCGCUCAAUGCGUGGAAAUAAAAUUGAAUACUGUUUCUACAGGAAUAACACAAAUCUGCGAAUGUACUUCUCAAUAUGGAUAUUCGUGCUUGUGCAAUUCAGACGUGUUCACCAUGUUUCCGGGGACGAAACGAUCAUAGACUCAUCGCGAGGACCAUGCGAGGGCUACAGACGCGGCGAGGACGAUCUUCAGACGUUCGAUUUCAUCAGCAAGCUAAAACUCGAUCUACUGGAAACGCAUUACGCCGGUCUGACGAGAGUCAGAGGUAGCAAUCGCAUGCAGACUGCCUAUAGACUGGAGAAAGACAUCGACGUGACUAUGCCAAUGAAGAACAUACUUCCGAACGGACUGCCAGAGGAGUUCAGCACAGUGUGCACGUUCAGAGCCAGGAAACUGCCUAAGUACACUUGGCAUAUUAUCAGAAUCGUCGACGUGGAAAACCAGCCCCAGUUUUUAAUCGCUGUGAACCCGAAAACUCUGACCCUGGACGUGUCCGUGAAGGAUGAGAAGGGGGAACUGCAGACCACCUCGUUCUCAGCCGAUCGCAUGUUCGACAAGAACUGGCACAAAAUUAACGUCGGAGCGUUCAAGGAUAAAUUGGUGGUGUACGUCGACUGCGAGUACGCUGGCGCUCUACUGGCGAAGUCUCGAGGACCGAUUAAAGUGGAUGGCGAGAUCUCGAUAUCGAAGAUGUCCCACAGCAAGCUGACUGUACCGAUCGAUAUACAGUGGAUGGUGUUAAAUUGCGAUCCAACGAGACCGGAGAGGGAGACCUGCGAGGAACUUCCGAAGAGCCUUAGCAACCCUUUAUUGCCCCAGAGGCGCCGGGGCUGCGAAACUAUCUGUCCGCGGGGGCCCCCUGGAAUUAAUGGCACGGAUGGCUUGGCUGGUCUACCAGGAGUACCUGGACCCCCUGGACCAACUGGAGAGGCUGGAUUACCUGGACGACCUGGUUCACCUGGCACUCCAGGUGAAAAAGGAAAAAUGGGCUCGCAGGGACUGACUGGUGCACGUGGUUAUCCUGGGAUUCCGGGUCCCAAAGGACCCAUCGGUUCACCUGGACCUCCCGGAUCAAAAGGAGAACGUGGAGAAAGAGGGGACAUGGGAUUUCCUGGCCUGAAAGGAGAUCAGGGUCUUCCAGGGCCACGUGGCCAUACUGGACUUCCCGGACCACCUGUAAACAUUAGCGAUUAUGGUGAUAUUCUAUCGCGAUUUCCAGGCACACCGGGCCCUCGAGGCUACCCAGGCGAGAAGGGUUCAAAGGGCGAGCAAGGCGAACGUGGCGACAAAGGAGGGCAAGGUCGUAAAGGUGAACAGGGGGACAAAGGUGAUCAAGGACAAGAUGGAUUCCCUGGAGUAGAAGGUAAACCAGGUUUCCCUGGGCUUCCUGGCCUUAAAGGAGUGGCAGGCUUUCCAGGAAUACCAGGGCAGCCUGGAUUACAAGGUCAUCGUGGUGAGACUGGUCCCUCAGGACCACCAGGAAUUCAAGGAGCAAAAGGAGAGCCUGGAGAACCCGGUCGUGAUGGUUUACCAGGAUCAGUGAUUGGUACCGUAGUACCAGGAUCACCUGGCCCUGAAGGAUCUCCAGGCACACCUGGAGAAGAUGGUCAUCCAGGGGCGAAAGGAGAACCAGGUCCUGUUGGUGCACCAGGUUUCCCAGGACCAGAAGGCAAACCUGGUGUCCCUGGUCCACUAGGAUUGCAAGGCCCACCUGGUGUGCCCGGAGAACCAGGUUUAACAGGAAUACGAGGAGUCGAUGGUUUACCUGGAACAUCAGGACCACCAGGACUCGAUGGAAAGCCUGGUGUGAAAGGUGAACGAGGUCCACCAGGAGAGCAAGGUCAAAUCGGACCCCGUGGCUUACCAGGAAAUGCCGGUCCUCCAGGUUCACCAGGUGUCACUGGUUUCCCAGGAUUGGAAGGAAGACCUGGUCCAGCGGGUGCUCCGGGUCCCCCAGGGCCUCCAGGACCAGCUGGAUCAACCGGAGACAUGUUAAGUACAAACGAAGUUUUGAGAAGCAUCGGCAGUCCAGGAGUCAGUGGACCUAGAGGUUCACCAGGUUCUGCAGGAUUGCCAGGUGAGAGAGGACCUCCUGGAGAACGAGGUCCAGAAGGUCAAAUCGGGCAACCAGGAAUACCAGGGAAGGAUGGAGCGCCAGGAUUACAAGGGCCACCCGGAAUCAGGGGCCAAACAGGAAUGCCAGGUCUUCAGGGAAUCCCAGGCAGAAGUAUCACAGAUUCGGAAAUUCGGGACAUAUGCACAAGCGUGCUGCGAGAGCAGAUGUCUGAGAUGGCGGCAAUGAUGCAAGGUCCACCUGGUCCACCUGGCAGAGGCCGUCCAGGUCGUACUGGUUCACCUGGUCCACAAGGUCGUCCAGAGAGGCUGAAAGAACUAACAGAGGGUCUACGAGGGCCACCCGGGUUGCCGGGACUGGCACGACAGGGCCGUCCCGGUCGAGCCGGAACCCGGGGCAUCCCAGGUGAUCCAGGCCAUCCAGGUCUGCCGGGAGAACGUGGCUUCGUAGGGUUACCUGGACCACAAGGGCCCACAGGUCCUCAAGGCCCACCUGGUGAACGGGGAGAGAAAGGCGACAGGGGACCGGAAGGUGUUGGCGUCGAAGGACCGAUCGGCCCAAGAGGAUUGCCUGGGCCAUCCGGCAACGAUGGCGUCGGAUUGCCUGGAAGGCAAGGAGAACGGGGCGAACCGGGCAGACCAGGUCUUCCUGGAACGGUUGGUCCAUCCGGGCCCCAAGGGUUACCGGGAUUCUGCGAGUUUUGCAAUUACCCGGGCGCCAAUUACUUACAGUACACCCGCGGCAACGAGAAAGGACCUUAAAAACGUACUUCCGCUAGCGUGGAGAAGAAUUAACGAGCUCACGAACAACGAACAUUUAUAGAAAUCAUUUA